AUGUUGAAGACGGUUAAGAAAACGACACCGUGUUGCACGAAGAUGGGGAUGAAGAGAGGACCUUGGACGAUGGAAGAGGACGAGAUUCUUGUGAGUUUCAUCAAUAAAGAAGGUGAAGGAAGGUGGAGAUCGCUUCCCAAAAGAGCUGGCUUACUCCGAUGUGGAAAAAGCUGCCGUUUACGGUGGAUGAAUUAUCUCCGGCCUUCUGUAAAGCGUGGUGGUAUCACUCCAGAUGAGGAAGAUCUCAUCCUCCGCCUUCAUCGACUACUUGGCAACCGGUGGUCACUGAUCGCGGGGAGGAUACCGGGAAGGACUGAUAAUGAGAUCAAGAACUAUUGGAACACUCAUCUUAGCAAGAAACUCUUAAGAGAAGGCAUUGAUCCUCAAACCCACAAGCCUCUUGAUGCAAACAACUCUCAUAAACCCAAAGAAGAAGUUUCCGGUGGACAAAACCUUCCUCUAGAUCCUAAUUCUAGUUCUCACACUGAUGAUACCACCGUUACUAAGAUCAGUGUCAGCGUCUUUGGUGAUGAAGACUUUGGUUUCUGUUACGAUGACAAGUUCUCUUCGUUUCUGAACUCGCUUAUCAAUGAGGAUCCGUUGGAUAGUAAUAUUCCAAUAUUAUCCCAGUCGUUGCAGACGCAGGAUUGUACCGAUGAGAUUGUUGGAACGUCGUCGAGCUUAGGACAUGACUAG